AUGGCUCAAGUGAGAGGGUGCACUCGGCCGCCCUUCAAUCCACUGAUCAACCCAGUCCAUUCAAACCCAGUCCUAGUCGAAGACCACAUCGAAUCCCAACGCCACAUCUUCUUCUCACGCCCCUACACAGGCGCCCUCCUCGUCGAAAACAGCACCUCAGACGCGCGCGACCACUGCGCAAACGAGCGCACAUUCCUCUCAUGGCUUCGUCUAUCAAUGUAUCUAGCCGUGGUCUCACUGGCGAUAAUAAUCUCGUUCCAUUUCCGCGAUCAGCCUACCAAUCUUGAGAAGCGCAUGUCCUUGCCGCUGGGUAUCAUUUUUUGGGUUCUUAGUCUUACCUGUCUUGCUAAUGGGUUUGCUAAUUACUCGCGGACGGUGAUGAAAUAUGCGCGCAAGGCGGCGUUGGUGCAGAGUGGGUGGAAGACGCAGGUUGUCUUUACCGUUGUUGGCACUGUCAUUCUCGGAAGUUGUAUUUUGUUUUUGUCGACUGAUCCGCAGCAAUGA